CACCAGGUGUGGCCACUAGCCUAUAUGAAGGCCCAAAAUUGUGUGUUCCUUUCUGCUCUGACAAUGGCAUGCCCAUUCGUGCGAGAUGUGGUGGAUGAAGAAGCACUUGUGCUGAGGAGAGCCUUCAGGCGAGAAAGGGUCUUCAGGGACCGGUUGGACCCACUGGCCUUCCCUGAUGACCAUCUAUAUGAAAGAUACAGGUUUUCUGCAGAUGGCAUCAGGUAUCUAUGCAGACUACUGGGUCCCAGGAUUAAGCACCGCACUGCACGGAGCCAUGCACUGAGUGUGGAGCAAAUGGUUUGUGUGGCCUUGCGCUUUUUUGCUAGUGGAGCCUUCCUGUACUCAGUGGGGAUGCAGAACAGCUGAACAAGGCCACAAUUUGCCACACAAUAAGGAGUGUGUGUCUGGCUAUCAAAGCAUUAGCAGAUGUCUUCAUCUCCUUCCCUGGCCACAGAAGACUCUGUGACAUCAAAGAGGAGUUCUAUAGGAUUGCAGAUGGUCUGCAAUGCUGACUGUGUGAUCAGCAAUGUUGUGGCAAAAUGGCCUGGCUCAGUCCAUGACUCCAGAAUCUUUCGGGCCUCUGAAAUCUAUCAGUGCCUAUCACAAGGUGAAUUCUCUGGUGUGUUGCUGGGAGACAGGGGGUAUGGCUGCCAGCCUUUUCUCCUGACACCUUUCACAGACCCCCAGGAAGCACAGCAGGCCUACAACCAUGCCCAUGCCAGGACCAGGGCCAGAGUUGAAAUGACCUUUGGCCUCCUGAAGGCACGCUUUCACUGCCUUCACAAAUUAAGGGUCAGCCCUGUUAGGGCAUGUGAUAUUACUGUGGCUUGUGCUGUCCUCCACAAUGUGGCCUGCCUGAGGAAGGAGAGGGCCCCCAGAGUGCCACCAGCCAUGGACUGGGACAAUCCGGCAAUCUUCCCUGAUGACGACAGUGGUCGGCUGCUGAGGGACCAAUAUGUGUUGAAUUAUUUUAGUUAGUAUGUGUGCUUUCAAUUUUGGUUAAAUAUGUCCUGCGGUGGCAGAGGAAUUUGGGUUUUUUUGGGUUCGUUUUUGACGAAUUUGGCCUCUUAUGAUGUUUGUGCGGUAUACUGUGUGUAAUACAAGGCUGCAGGGAGGCUACUGCAUCCAUUCAUUUGUCUGUUCAGUUGAUGUGUAUGGAUUUGUCCUGCAUUUAUUUUAGUGUGCAGACAUGCAGGGUGUGUUAUAUACAGACAUUUGAAUGUGUAUGUAUCAUUUUGUAUAAUAUGCUUGGAUUCUGUGCUUUCCAUCUUGUAGAGUCACUGUGACUUCAGUUUCGAAAGGAGCUGAUGGUUUACCUGCUUUGUUUUGUCCUUAUUCAAUAAAGGAACAUAAUGUUA